AGCUGACAGAGCAAGCCUUUAUUUUGAAGUCAUUUGGAACUGAGAGGUAUUGUAUUUGUUGUGGGCGAGAGAGAAAAUUGCACUGUGCCUCUCCAUUAUGGUUGAGAGAAGAGAAGGUUGCUACAUGAGGCUGGUUCUACAAUCUGGCAAAUUCAGAGGCUCACUUUGAGGAGCAGGAACUGGAAGAUAUUCUCAAGAACUGGCUGCUAUGGUCCACCUCAGUGUCACUCCUGAAGUCUCCCUUGCUGACUCGCCAGUGAAGAUUUAUGCCUCUGGCCUGGCGCCCUCCCAGCUUGUGACCUUACAUGCAUCACUGACAGAUGAAAGGGGAAUAAAGUUUGUAGCCAGAGCCUUUUACCAAGCCAAUCAGAAUGGAGAAGUGGAUGUGGCACAGGCUUCUGCUCUGGGAGGCAACUAUACAGGUGUGUGGCCCAUGGGCCUCUUCUACACUCUAAAGGCUGAGAAGAUGUUCCACAGGCUGCUCAAACGUGAUGUGACAGGCAGCCCCUUCUAUGUUCAGAUUAGCCUCUUUGAUUUUAUUCUGAUUAUGCCCUUGGCGAUGCAUGAACCACUGGCUACUUGCACUGUGGAACGAUGGUAUGCAGCCCCUGGAGUGGAACGCAUUCCCAUUAAGUCCGGCCGGGUCCGGGGAGCCCUCUUCUUGCCUCCAGGCCCUGGGCCCUUUCCAGGACUGAUCGACUUGUUUGGUGGAGCUGGAGGACUAAUCGAAUUUCGAGCUGGCUUAUUGGCUAGUAAGGGCUUUGCAGUUCUGGCUUUGGCUUUCUUUGCAUAUGAUGAUUUACCACAGACUCUCGAAGUAAUAGAUCUGGAGUAUUUUGAGGAAGCAUCCAGACUGCUCUUGAAAAAUCCUAAGGUAAGAGGUCCGGGACUUGGAAUUAUUGGUUUAUCCAAAGGAGCAGAAAUUGCAUUGGCCAUGGGUACCUUCUUAAAGGAAAUAGUGGCUUCAGUGUGCAUCAAUGGCCCAACAAGAAUGAGUGGUACACCACUCCACUUUCAUGAUAUCAGUAUCCCUGCAGCUUCCUACCCAUAUGAGAAGAUAGUCAUUAAUGAAAUGGGAUUGUUAUCCACUUUCUAUUGCUUGGGACAUCCUCUGGAUCAAUCACUUGAAGUAUCUACCAUCCCUGUGGAGAAGGCUCAAGGGCACAUCCUCUUUGUGGUGGGAGAAGCUGACAAAAGCUUCGAUAGCAAAGUGUUUGCUGAAGCAGCCAUGGCUCGAGCAAAGAAACAUGGGAAAAAUAAUUGUAGCCUGUUGUCUUAUCCAGGAGCUGGACAUUUAAUAGAACCCCCUGGAUCACCAGUUUGCUAUGCCUAUCCACUUCGGUUUGCUCCCAUCCCAAUCCAGUGGGGAGGGGAAGUGAAGCCUCAUGCUAAAGCCCAGGAGCACUCUUGGAAUGAGAUCCUGAUUUUUUUUAAGCUUCAUCUUGGGCCACUUCAGAAUAGCAAUUUAUGAUAAAAGAAAGGCCCAGUUGUUUAGCUUCCUUUAGAAUUAUGCAUUUGGAUCGAGCCGUUGAGGCCAUGAACUCCAAUCUUCUUACCCUGUGCAGGUUAAAGUUAAAAUAUCUCCUUUAGAUGAAGGGGGCCUCUCUAGCUCUUCAACUAAUUAGAUGUCCAUGAAGAGAUGGAAAUGACUGAACAAUUGCACAGCAAGAAACCUUGAUUUAUAGCUUUAAAAUGUUGGUCUUGUGAUGUCAUUAGAACAUUCACAGUCAUCUCUAAAAAGCCUUUUCUGUGCUUGCUAAACAGUGUUUCUCAAUAUAAGGAACUGAUUGCUUCUCCAGCAUUACACAUUUGUUGAGAAUGUGAAGGUGCAACAUCAUCCUCAGGCCACUCUUGUGAACACGGCCUCUGUUCAACCUUGUUCCAUUUCAGAAAUUUGCCAGCUUCUGCCACCAUAAGCCAUGCUGAACAGCCAGUCUCACAAUUCUGGGUGGGCACCUGCCCUGUUGUUGUUGGCUACCCGAUGUCUGUGGGUGUGCCACCUUUCCAGUCCCUGGCAUCUGCUAGGGAAAUUUUUCAGAACAUUCAAAUAAAGUCUUCCUCACAUGUUUCAAUGUCCCACAGUCUAAGAAGAAAACAGACAUUAGCAUUCUCUGGGAGCUUCUUAAUGCUCUUUCAUCCAUCAUUUGCUUUUCAUAAAGCUACGGGUAUACAUGUCAAGAUUCUUCAUUCUGCCUUCAAAGAAUUUACUUGGCAUUCUCUGAAACUACAACAGCUUGUGUGAAUUCUUAAAGGGUGGAACAUUUCCUCCUGAAAUUUGGAACUUACAUUUUUUUCUGGUGCAAAAUAAAUUACAUUUGCCCAGGGGUGAAAUCUACUUACCUUCUCUACCGGUUUGAAAGUGCGCACAUCGUCACAUCCAACAGCUUGUGUGAAACCUUAAUCUUCUUACAAGUCCACCAAAUAUGAAAAUAUGUAGCAUCAUCACAAUUACAUCUCCAACAUUUCGCUUGCAUAUCUGGAUACAUACAUGAUAAUUUCUUAGGGUCUAAGUGCCACCUAUAAAACAUUUUAUAAAAAUUUUCCCUCAAAUUCUGUGCUUGCGUAAAUUUAACAUUUCUAACCCAAAUUUUUUCCCAAGUUUCCAAAAAUAUUGGUUCUUGAAUAUUUUGUGCCCAUUCCAACUGAACAUUUCCUUCUGAACUUUUUGCCAUAAUACCUCAAAGUUAUUCUUAUACCAUUUCACAUUUGAAGAAGUAAUAUAAACCCCUAGGUAUUUGACCUUUUUUACAAUUUCAAAUCCUAUUGUUUCCUCUAAUUUUUCUUUCUGUUGUCUAGUCAUAUUUUUUGUUAUCACUUUUGUUUUAUUCUGAUUUACUUUAAACCCUGAAACUUUUCCAUAUUGAUCAAUUAUUUCCAACAAACAUACACUUGAAUUUAUAGGAUUUGAUAAAAUAAUCACCAAAUCAUCAGCAAACACUCUCACUUUAUACUCAUGUUGUCUAAUUUUAAUUCCCUCCACCUCCUUUACCUCUCUUAUUUUAUCCAGUAAUGGCUCCAGAGUUAAAAUAAACAAUAAUGGUGAUAAGGGGCACCCCUGUCUUGUUCCUUUCGCAAUCUUAAAAACUUCUGUCAAACUACCAUUAACUAUUAUCUGGGCUGUUUGCUCUCCAUAAAACGUUCUAAUUAUUCUCAUAAAACAAUUUCCAAAUUUCAUUUUAUCUAUUAAUUUAAAUAAAAAUUCCCAAUGCAGUCGAUCAAAGGCUUUCUCUGCAUCCAAAAAAAUAAAUGCUGCAGAAAUCUGAUUGUUCUUUUCUAAAUAUUCCAAUAAAUUUACAAUCUGUCUAACAUUAUUCCUCAUCUGCCUCCCCUUUAUAAAUCCAGAUUGAUCAGUAUGAAUUCUUUGUUGCAGAACUAACAUUAAUCUAUUUGCUAUUAUUUUAGCAAAAAUCUUAUAAUCGUUAUUCAAAAGUGAAAUCAGCCUAUAAUUCCCAGGUUUGGAGCAGUCCUGUUCUUCUUUUGGUAUCAAUGAGAUGAAAGUAGUUCUCCAUAAUGGGGUAUUCCCCCUCCUAAUUGUAUCUGAUUAAAUAAUUCCUUAAGUGGACCUACUAUCUCAUUCUGUAAAUUUUUAUAAUAAAUUGCUGUAAGUCCAUCCGUACCGGGUUUUUUUCCCCAUUUUUAAUUGUUUUAUUGUCAAAAUAAUUUCUUCAGUAGUAUAGGCCAAUUCAAUUCUUCCCUUUGUUCUAAGGUUAAACCUUUAGCCUUGUACUCUUUCAAAUUUGUAUCAAUAUCCAUGUUCAAGAUUGUAUCUUUAGCAUAUAAAUUUGUAUAAUAUUCUAAAAAAGCUUUCUUAAUUUUAUUCUGUUGAUAUCUCUCUUUACCUUCAUAUUCUAUUUUUUCUAUAAUACGUGCUUUUUGUUUUUUCCUUAACAUAUAUGCUAACCACCUACCAGGUCUAUUUGCAUUGCAAAAAGUAUUAUGUUUAGUGUACUGUAUGUUUGUUGCCACCUGGUCUGCCAUUAUCAUAUUAAAUUGACUCUGUAAUAUCUUUAUUGCAUCUUUAAGUUUUUGAUCAUGUGGACUAUGUAUUAAUAAUUGUU